AUGUCUAGGCACCUUUACAAGCAGUACCUUCGACUGAUUUCAAAAUGGCCCAAGGAUCCUUUCAAAAGUCCGGAAAGGGAUUUUGCAAAUUUUUUGAGUAAAGAUGUGGAACGACAAUUCAAAGAGGCAAAAUCGAUUCCAUUCGAUAGCGCAUUGUGCGAAAAGAGGCUCAAUGCCCUUGAACAGCUUUUGAAUAACGAGGUUGUCAAAAAAUAUCCCAAUAACUUCACAUCUGGCGUAUUCGGUUUAAAGCUUGAAGAUUUGCAGCGAGCCAGUAGCGAGGAAAGCCGUAAACAAAUGGGUCUCAAACCGAAACAAGGAAUUCUGAAAAGAGUAUGGCGCACGAUAGUUCCAGAGAAGAAGGAAUAA